AUGGAUCCAUCAUCACAGAAUGCGGCAGAUGCCAAGCUGGUGCAGGACAUUACUGCACGCAGACCCGAUUUAGAAGCAGCCCACCAGCAGUACCAACAUCCUCGUGGUCGACGACCGCGAGGGCCCUCCCCGCAACGCCCCUCCCCACAACGCCGUGUUGUCCACCAUAAUAAUAAUAGUAUUCCUCGUAGUAGAGCAGCCGCUGCCGCACCAGAUCCGGAAGAAUCGUCGGACACAGAGCCAGAUGUGGAAAGAGCAGAUGAAAAUACCAUUGUCACGACGGAAGGAGAGCCAGCGUCGUCACCAUGGCCACAAUUGCAGAAUGGCAAUGCCAGACAGCAACAGGCCGCACCGGGAGCUUUUCGAGAAUCUGUGGGUCAACAGUCGCAGCAAGUCAGUCCUCUCAAUUUAAAGGGAGGAGCAGCCAACGUACUGGGUCGUCCCACGCCAACACAAUUAGACACGAUACAGGACACUAAUAAUUAUUUGGAAAACAAUGCCACUGUGGAGGCUGCAACACACAACAGCCAUGAGGAUGAGGACAUGGCCCAACAGCAAAAACGGAAACGCCUGUAUUGGGCAAUGGCAGGUGGAAUUGGCAUGCUACUUUUGAUUGCAGCGAUUAUUGGGAUUGCAAUUGGUGUUGCAUCAUCCAAAGAGCCAAGCAGCCAAACACAAGUUGACACAACGAAUGCACCAGAAGAGAUUACCACAGCACUUGUCAAAGAAUUUUUUCCAACAGGACUCCCUAACCGUUCCCAAGAAGCCGUUUUGUCAAAUAAUGACCGAUUGCCUCAGGUUCGAGCAUUUCAAUGGCUAUCGCAAGAUGAAAACUGGCAAAAAUACAGUGUACCACAGCGUCGGCAGCGAUUUGCUCUGGCUACUUUGUACUAUGCCACCAAUGGACCCCAGUGGUUUGAUCAUCUCCUCCCAGAUGAACGAGCAAACGUCACGCCGUGGCUGGAUUAUUCCGUCCACGAAUGUUCCUGGUUUGCCAUGCUCAAAGGUUAUGGCAGACCCAAAUGUGAAAAUUACACGGAUCACAACAUCACACUAGCCAAUCCAUGGGAUGCUCAUUUUGACUACACAUCCAUACUGCUGAGUGCUGACCCAUCACUUCUCCCCCCCGACACUCAUCAUGUGCCAGCAAGACUACGAGGAACUCUCGUCCCAGAACUGGCACUCUUGACCAGUCUACAAGAACUUGAUAUGGAUUAUCAAAGUAUCAAAGGAACUAUCCCCAAUGAACUGACACAACUCUCCAACACGCUCGAGUACAUUGACUUGAUCAAGUGUUUCUUCACAGGUACCAUUCCUGCAGGGCUGUUUGUCUCAUCAAAGUCCUUAUUCUUGAGUCGCAAUGCUCGCCUCUUGGCGUCCAUUCCAACUGCAAUUGGCAAUUCCUCGAAGCUGGAAUAUUUGUUGUUGACUGAAACGAAUUUGGAGGGGAGUAUUCCCAGUGAAAUUGGCAUGGCCACAAACCUCCUAGAGCUCUUCUUGAAUGCCAAUGAUUUGGAGGGUACCAUCCCCAGUGAGGUAGGGCUACUUUCACUGCUACAUGUGCUGGAUCUGACAUAUAAUGAGCUCUCUGGUUCCAUUCCCUCUGAGAUUGGACAAGCACAGAGUCUCCAGCGACUCAAAUUAGGCUUAAAAUCUGGCAUGCGUGGGACAUUGCCUACCAGUCUCGCACUGCUGUCCAAUCUACAAGAGCUAGAUCUCUACAAGAAUUCCUUAGAGGGAUCCCUCCAGCCAGAGCUCUUCUAUCUGAGAACAAACAGCAGCACGGAAGUAUCAAUGACCCCAUCCUGGCCUAAUCUAACAACCCUGAUACUGACUGACAACAGGCUUUCUGGUUCUCUUCCUUCGGAAAUUGGCCUGCUUGGAGCUUUGGAGCGUCUGUUCUUGGCAAGGAACAAGUUGGAAUCCCAGCUGCCUACAGAGCUUGGGUCGUUGUCCAACUUGGAGUGCCUGGGCAUAGCACAAAACCAAUUUACCGGCGAGCUACCUUUCGAAGUUUCCAAUGGUCUUCCUGGUUUGGUGACAGAUGUUGAGAGCUUUGCACUGUCAUCGUCAACCCCUUUGCUGAGUUUGAAUUUUUCCGCACGCUGUCCUCAUUAG